AUAGAAAUUUUCAAAAAUAAACCACCACAAAAAGAAGAGAACGACACAUGCGCAAUUUGUUUGGAUGAUAUUGUUGAAAAAGAUUCUAUUUGGGUUUGUAAUUUAUGUCAUGGUAUUUUACAUCAUGGAUGUGUCUUGGAAUGGUCCGCUAAAACUCCAUCAGUGUAUCAAUGGAAUUGUCCAAUGUGUAGAGACGAACAUGAUCAUAUUAAACCAAACGAUCCUAAAAAAUACUAUCAAAAAAACAAUCCAAAUCGUUACAGCACAAGUAUUAUUAACUCAUCAUCAUCACCAACAUCCUCUUCUAAUACCAAAAGUUCAAAAUUUUCUAAAUUUAGAAAUUCAUUAAUGUUUAAAAAAUAA